AUGGACGCUACAUGGUCAACGUACAAAACUAAGCCUGCAACGACAGCGUUGUAUACCGACGACGCCACUGUGAUAUAUGUCCCCUCUGGUGCUGGAGCGAGAGGCAGCGCGCAAAUUCGUCGGUUCUAUCUGCAGCCGGACUUCAAAGCAACGACCGUGCACGAACAAGUGCAUCACACAGUCAAACAAGGCAGCAAGCUUAUCGAAGAAGCCGACUGGACCGUCACCUUUGGUGACGGCACUGAAUGUGCCUGGCUUGUCCCGACCCUUGACGAGGGUGUGCUGUCCAACUGUACGGUGAAGGUGCCAGUGGUCAUCUCGGCUACAUUUGAAGGCGACUUGAUCUCUGUACUGCGCGUACUGUGGGACCAGGCCUCAGUCUUGAAGCAGUUGCGGGUGAUUACCGAUCGUCAAAAAUGGCCGGUGCGGGGUGGCGAGGAGGUUGAUGCGUUGAGGAACCCCUCGCUCGUCCAGCUCAAUCCAUUUGCUCCUAACGAUGCGCUUGCUUCUCCUACGCCAGCACCCACAAGUAAAAAGACACUCGCCAUUGACGCCCCUGGUCGCAUCUUUGGGCCUAUCCGACCUGAAGAUCAAGUGAGCCACUCAGUCCGUCGUAAUUUGCAUGAACCAGCUCGAAACAUUUUCGCAUACGAACCACCUGCCCCGAAACCUCUCGUUGCCCAUAACCCCAGCAGGUUAGAUUCAUCGUUCAGCUUUGGCCACGCCGAAUCAACAGGUAACAACAACAACAACAACAACAAUCCUGCAAGUCGACGGGCUUCCCCCAAGGAAACCCAAAACCUGUUAAGUCACCAAGAAAUGGAUGGCCUCACACAGCAAACAGCCGGUAUGACCUUGUCUAAUUCUGCAUCCAACCGUCAACAACAACGACCAAGGUAAAGUUGUUAAAAGUUGGACAUCUGUGUAUACGUGUAUGAAUCCACAUUUAAACAUUGACUCGUUAUCAUGUGACCACAUGUCAUUAUACCCCUUAUUCUUUUCAACUACAUAGAAACAUCCUAGCCCAUGAAUAAGCAUCAUCCAUCCAGCAACCUCCUUAUUUUAUUCACUUUAUAUGUUUAUAAACUCAUCCCGAUAUAUAUAUUUAUCAUUUUACAACGGAUAUAUGACCGGCUGGUGUGUAGGUUAUGCUAAAUCUCUUUUAAACGGGUGCCGUAGAGAAAGGAGGAAUGGACAUUAUUGUCGUUGUUGGAGUUGUUGCUA